CAAUAAUAUCACUCUUAAUAAGGUUGUAAUAAAACUAAGUUCACUUACAAAGUUCGUAGAUUUCAUUCAAUUAUGGGUUCUCUUAUGGCAGGUUGGGGCUCCAAUGUCAAAGACCCUAAAGCUGUUAGUUUAACAAGGAAUAAAUCACUGACCAAGGAUGAAAUUGAUGCCUUUUGGAAAUCCAAGAAACUCAAAGAGGAGGAACACCUCAGAGAUAUCUCUCUUCUCUCACCUCGAACCCAGAAAAUGAUAUUUGAAGAAGCUGUUGAUAGAUGUGAGGGUGCAAAUGGUGAAGAAGCGGAAAAGAAUCUCUUAUUACAAAAGAAUGGCUGGUGGAUAAGCAGUAAUUGGGCAUUUCUAAAUGAACCGCCGGUUAUUCGACAAGAAGGCAUUGGCCAAAAGUAUGUGUCACAGUUCCAUGUAGCUGAUGUGGCCGGUUCGACCAGCCGGACCGGCAUCAGUUCGAACUGACCGGGUUGAUGUGGUUGUAACUUGUAAAUAUUUAAUAUCCAGGUCUAAUGUUUAGAGAGGUGUGAGAUUAUAUUAUGAGACUUGUAAGAUUAUUUAUGCCUUCACAAAUGGACUGUCUUUCAUUAUGUAAGAUAAAUUAUGCCUCAAAUGUUAUGUCAAAUUAAAGAUUUUUUUUUUCAUA